AUGGCAAACGCAGCAGAGUCGGGCACCUUCGCCGGACUGGCUCUGUUGACCAUAUGUGUCUCCGUCCUUCUACUACUACGGCACUACCUUCCUCUCCGAUCUGCUCCUGCCUUCCUUGUAGUCCCAGUCUUCCUCGCUGUCGUCCUACCUAUCACUGCAAUCCUCCUUGUUCCUAUCGAUCUUGCGUCGAGCGCGAGGGUGGAAGAUGAGGCCGCCAAAGGAAUAUGGUUGCCCCAACGGCUAAUCUUGAUAUCAUGGAGGAUAAUAUAUUGGUUGACUUUCGUCUCUACAUGGCUGAUUCUGCCAUUACUCGGCGAGUACAUGGAUGCUGGAUACCGUGAGCCUAAGAGCCGCAUGGUGUACUCCCUGAGAUCAAAUGGAAGAUACCAAUUGAUUACGAUGAGCUGCGCCAUACUCGGCCUCGUCUAUAUGAUCUAUUCCUACGGCUUCGAUACUACGGCCAUCAAGGCUCUGGUCAUGGCACUGGCCUAUGUCUGGGGUUUGAUAUUGGCUAUCUACCUCAUGGGUCAUGGUCUAGUGGCUAUUCCUCGAAACAUGAUCCGGAAUGCCAGUAUUAGUGGUCGACUAAGAAGAAUACAAGCGCAUGCCCCGAGAGUUCACGAGAAGUUGGAGGACGCUAUUAUUGCUCUUGAAGACCUGGAGAGCCAGAUUGAGCAGUUGAAGAAACGUAAGACCGGUACAGCGAGGGAUUUGCAAGAGUGGAUAGAAGAUCUGGCAGAUAUGGUAGGUACAACUCCACCACGAGUCACUUUGGCAACACCGGAACUCGACCCUUCUGGCAAGGUACCUGCUGUCAUCACGGAGCGCUAUUUGGCCGAUUUGACUCGACGUUUCUAUCGUGCUCGACAUCAACGUGCCCGAUACGUGGAGGAAUGGGAUCGUACCGUUCAGAAAGCCUACGAGCUCCAGCUCAUCCUCGAUUCGAAAGCUAGCAAACAACUUGUCUUCAAUCGUUCUCGGCCAUCCUCUUCGCGCAUCUCUCAGAUCUUCACCCUUCCUCCCAGUUGGCGCUACCACCUCUACGCAAAUAUCAUUCCAGCUGCACGUCUAUCAGCUGGCAGUUUCCUAAGUGUCGCUUCUGCAGCCAUAAUAUGGUCCGAGAUCAUCCGAUUUCCCAAGCCCGAACUUUCCGCUGUAUCCUUGACGGUCAUUCACCACCCCACGCGGAGGGACUACCAAAUAGGUCUCGGAGGGCAACUCACAGCAGCCUUUUGGAUUCUCUAUAUGUGCGCCUGCGCGCUGUCUUCCAUUGCAGACGUCCCUGUGUGGAAUCAGCGAGCACUUGUCCGCAGAAACACUUACGCAGAGUCUGCAUGCUGGUAUGCUGGGCAAAUAGCACGCCUGACCGUCCCUCUUGCAUACAACUUCCUCACUUUUCUGCCUGAACACAUCCAGAAAGAGACCACGUUCUACAACUUUCUCGGCAGGUUGAUCAACUUGACACCACUUGGGAAGUGGUUCGAUUUCCUCUUUCCAAUCUUCAUACUCAUCCCAGUCUGUGCCACGUUUUUCAACCUAUACGGACGAAUCAGGAACGUCCUUGGUUUCGGCAUACUAGACGACGACGAUGAAGAGAACAACCCAUCAGGCUUUGGCACAGGUGGCUGGAGGGAAGGCCGAGACCUAAUUGCACGAGACCUAGAAGGUCCAGGUCCCUCAGGCUCUAGCACAUUGGGUCUGCUUAGCAGCUCUUCCACAUCGUCUCCUCGCGGCUCCAGUGAUAUCUCUAGAUCACCUCAAUGGGCCAGCCCUGCGCGAGCACCUGCAUCCUCUACAACAGGGCGAACUUUGGGCUCAUCUGGCCUGCGGAACUCCCGCCAACCCCCACCACUAGAUGCUGAGCCGGACGAGGAGAACUUCUUCACCUUGUUCGGCCGGCGUGUGAAGAACACAUUCGACACGUUCGAGACGCCGAGGUGGAUGAGUAACAGCAACAAGUCCGAUAACGCAAGUGGCAGUAGUGCCAGCGCUGGAUUUACUAGACCAAAGUGGAUGGGAGGAGACGGAGACUCCAACGACGACACAAACUUCUUCUCUAGAUUAUUUAACAGUACUGAAAACAGUAAUGUCCAGGCUAAUGGUGCAAGCUCGAGUCGUGGUAGGAUUGUAUUGUAG